CUCUCUUUUUGGCUCCUAUCACCUCCCUGGCGGGCCCUGGGGGCAGUGUGGGGCCGGCCGGCCUCGGACAUCUUACCUGCCGGCGGCCGCCUGAGCCCGGUGUCUAAGAACAAGAAUGGAGGGGAACAUGAAACUGUCAGUGGCAGAAGAUGCAGUGGAGUAUCAUCUCUUUCUGUUACCAGAAGAACCAAGAGAUCCAGAAAAACACAAACAGGUUCUUCAGAAGUAUAUUGCAACCAUAACAACCCAGUUUGCACCUCUGCUGGUCUCUUAUAUCUGGCAAAAUCAGCCUUUUAAUCUCAGAUAUAAACCUGCUAAAGGUAGCAUUCCUGCUCAUAUUGUUGGUGUAACUAAAUUUGGGGACAACAUUGAGGACGAAUGGUUUAUUGUUUACCUAAUAAAGCAGAUUACAAAGAAGUUUCCAGAGUUAGUAGCAAGGAUUGAAGACAAUGAUGGUGAAUUCUUGCUAAUAGAAGCUGCUGAAUUUCUCCCUAAAUGGUUGGAUCCUGAUAAUAGCACCAACAGAGUAUUUUUCUACUGUGGAGAACUGUGCCUUAUUCCAGCACCACGAAAAGCUGGGGAAAUAUCCUGGUUACCUGCCACACCUCCGACAAUCAAUCAGGCAUUGUCCAUUAUCACCAGGCACUCUGAAAAAAUCCUUGCCUCCCAAUCUAUCCGGGCAGCAGUUAACAGGCGCAUCAAGGGGUACCCAGAAAAAAUACAGACAUCCUUUCAUCGAGCUCACUGCUUCCUCCCAGCUGCUGCUGUGGCAGUUUUGAAACAACGUCCUCAGCUGGUAGCCGCAGCUGUCCAGGCCUUUUACUUACGGGAUCCUGUUGACCUUCGAGCUUGCCGAAUUUUCAAAACGUUCUUGCCAGAAACACGUAUAAUGGCUUCAGUCACAUUCACAAAGUGUUUAUAUGCGCAGUUGGUACAACAGAGAUUUGUGCCAGACCGCCGAAGUGGGUAUAGUCUGCCUCCUCAGUCUCACCCCCAGUAUCGAGCACAUGAACUUGGCAUGAAACUGGCUCAUGGCUUUGAGAUUUUGUGCACUAAAGCCAGUCCGCUUCCUGAGUUCAAGAAGUCUCCAGUGACUACCACCCCUGUCUGGAAUGGCUUUCUUGACAGUCUGAAACAGAAUGACUAUUUUGAGGGAGAGAUAGAAGGCUCUGCUAAGUACCUGCAGAAACUACACAUGGCAGAGAACUACUUUCAACAAUCUGUGAAUGGGCCAGAAAACUUUCUUGACAUAACUCCAGGGGAAGAAAUCUUAACCUUAUUACAAACAAUGUCCUUUGAACUGGAGGAGCUUAAGAAAGAAGAUGCUGAUCUCCCCUUAGAGGAUGAUGAUCACUGGUUGUAUCUCUCACCGGAUCAGCUGGACCAGAUUCUGCAAGAGACUGCUGGUAAAGGCGAACCGGGUCUCAUUCCCACUCCCCAGGGGGAAACGGAGCAGCCCUAUGACCUAACCAAAGUCACUGACAGCAUGAAGGCCUUUGUGUCCAAAGUCUCCACCCACAAAGGAGCAGAGCUGCCCCGGGAGCCGUCGGAGGCACCUGUCACUUUUGAUGCAGAUUCUUUCCUCAGUUAUUUUGACAAGAUUUUGGGUCCAGAUUCUGGGGAGUCAGACUCUGAUGAUUGUGGCAAUGAUGAUCUGGAUGAGGAGAACUCCGAAUACCUCGACAGUGAUGAUGACUUAGACCUUGUAACCCAGGACCCUGAGGGAAAUGUCUCUACUAAGGAAACACUGGAGAGCAUUAAGUCAUUAAUGGCACAGAUGGACCAAGAACUCGCCCAGACGAGCAUCGGGAAAAGCUUCACCACCUGGAAACAAAGGGACAACUUGACAAAGAAACCAUCUCAGACUCUUGGCAACAAUUUUGAUGAUGAUAAAGCGACAGCAGAUGGUUCUGUUCUAGAACCUGUGGAUGUGGAUCUGAAUUUGGUCUCAAAUAUCUUAGAAUCCUAUCACUCCCAAGCUGGACUGGCAGGACCUGCUUCCAACCUUCUACAGAGCAUGGGUGUACAGCUCCCUGAUGAUGUAGAUCACAGACAUCCCAGCACGUAACUGAAAGUGUAACAAAAUCUCCAAUAAAAAGUCUAUCUGAUAUGCCCUCUGUUAUUCUACUCACUUAAUAAAUGCCAUUCAAACAA